AUGCCUUUCCCCGCUCGAGACAACUCUACAGACAAGUCUGCGGACUUUAAACCUCUAUACCUCGCUCUCGUUGUCGACUCAGACCUCAAAGUCAUUGGUGAAGCCAAGGUCGAUUUUGACAAGGACUUUGGCCACAAAUAUGGCAUCAAGAAAGGUGUCCACGUCUACGAGGAGACAGGCGAGGUCUACGCACCCGUCGCCAUGUGGAUGGAGUCUGUAGACCUCGUUCUUGACCGAUUGGCCGAAGCUAUGCCUGUCCCUCUUUCUCAUAUCCGCGGUAUUAGUGGCUCUUGUCAGCAGCAUGGCAGUGUCUUCUGGAACGGCCACGCCUACGAGAUCCUUCACCACCUCGACCCUCGUCUUCCUCUGGUUGUUCAGCUGCCACAGGCACUCUCGCACCAGUGGUCGCCCAACUGGCAGGAUCAGAGCACCCAGGCUGAAUGUGAUGCCUUCGAUGCUGCGCUUGGCGGCCGCCAGAAGCUCGCCGAGAUCACUGGAAGCGGUGCACACCACCGUUUCACAGGAACUCAAAUUAUGCGUCUCAAGAAGGAUCUCCCCGAGAUGUAUGCAAAGACUGCUCACAUCUCUCUUGUCUCUUCAUGGCUCGCAUCCGUCUUCCUCGGUGCCAUUGCUCCCAUGGAUGUUAGCGAUGUCUGCGGCAUGAACUUGUGGGACAUGUCGCGCCAGACUUUCAGUGAGCCUCUUCUCGAGCUCGCUGCCGGUAGCAAGCGUGAUGCCCUCAAUCUGAAGAAGAAGCUCGGUGAGCCCUGCAUGGAUGGCGCUGCUGUUCUGGGUUCUAUUUCACCCUACUUCGUGGACCGCCAUGGCUUCCACCCCGACUGCCAGAUCACGCCUUUCACUGGUGAUAACCCCGGAACUAUCCUCGCUCUCCCCCUUCGACCUUUGGACGCUAUUGUUUCCCUGGGCACCUCCACAACCUUCCUUAUGAACACGCCCAAGUACAAGCCUGAUGGUGCUUACCACUUCUUCAACCACCCCACAACCGAAGGUCAUUACAUGUUUAUGCUUUGCUACAAAAAUGGAGGUCUGGCACGCGAGCGAGUUCGAGAUCAGCUCCCUAAGCCUGAGAACGGUCCCACUGGUUGGGAGAACUUCAACAAGGCCAUCGAGAACACUCCCGCCCUUGGUGCUGCCAAGGAUGACGAAAGGCGCAAGCUAGGUCUGUACUUCUACCUCACUGAGGUGGUGCCAAACAUCCGUGCUGGCACUUGGCGAUACUCGUGUGAGCCCGAUGGGUCCGACCUUCAAGAGGUAAAUGGUGGCUGGGAUAAGGAAACUGAUGCCCGAGUCAUUGUCGAGUCCCAAGCUCUCUCCAUGCGUCUGCGCUCCCAGAAGCUUGUCGAAAGCACUCGACCUGGUCUCCCCGCCCAGCCCCGUCGCAUUUACCUCGUUGGAGGUGGUUCUCUGAACCCAGCCAUUGCUCAGGUUAUCGGAGAAUCCCUUGGUGGUAGUGAUGGCGUUUACAAGCUCGACGUCGGUGGCAACGCCUGCGCCCUGGGCGGAGCCUACAAGGCUCUCUGGGCUCUCGAGCGCCAGCCAAACGAGACCUUUGACGAGCUCAUCGGCAAGCGAUGGACCGAGGAGGGUAACAUCCAAAGAAUUGAUGAGGGUUACCGUGAGGGAGUCUACCAAAAGUACGGCAACGUUCUCGGAGCCUUUGAAGGCCUGGAGAAGAAGAUUCUCGCCGAGCAAGCUACAGAUUCAGACAACGAAAACAAAGAAGUGCAGGCAAGCGGUUAA